ACCAUCAGAAAACAAUUUCAAAGAUGUCUCUUCCUUACUUGAUACUAUUGCUCCUUGGAGUGGUAGUUCUCACCUCUCCCUCUCUUGCACAUUAUGAAGAACCACCCAAGUAUGAGCACAAACCUCCCGAGAUCAAGAAGCCACCAUUUUACAAACCUCCUGAGAUCCAGAAGCCUCCAUUUUAUAAACCUCCCAAAGUGGAGAAGCCAUUCCCAGAGCCUAAGCCUAAACCACCAGUUUAUGAACCUCCUAAAGUAGAGAAACCCAACCCACCAACUUAUGAACCCCCCGAAGGAACGAAGCCAUUCCCAGGCUACAAGCCACCAACCCCAGUCUAUGAACCCCCUAAGAAGGAGAAACCUGAACCAGAACACAAGCCGCCAACCCCCAUUUACGAACCUCCUAAGAAGGAGAAGCCAGAGCCAAAGCCACCAACGCCAGUUUAUGAACCCCCUAAGAAGGAGAAGCCAGAACCAAAGCCACCAACCCCAGUUUAUGAACCGCCUAAGAAGGAGAAGCCAGAACCAAAGCCACCAACCCCAGUUUAUGAACCGCCUAAGAAGGAGAAGCCAGAACCAAAGCCACCAACGCCGGUUUAUGAACCCCCUAAGAAGGAGAAACCAGAACCAAAGCCACCAACUCCAGUUUAUGAACCCCCUAAGAAGGAGAAGCCAGAACCGAAGCCACCAACUCCAGUUUAUGAGCCUCCUAAGAAGGAGAAGCCUGAACCAGAACACAAGCCAUCACCACCUUAUGGUGAGUACCCGGGGCAUCCUCCAGUAGAGAAGCCACCCACUCCAUACUACAAGCCACCUUAUGGUCAGUAUCCAGGACACCCCCCAUUGGAGAAGCAACAUACUUCAUAGUUCCAGGCACCGCAGUAGCACUCAUAUUUAAAUAAAUUUGAACCUACAAAUAAGAGCUGCUGUGCUUUCUUGUUUCUGUUGGUGGAUCAGAUAUCUCAAGUAAGAACUGGCCAUAUCAGUACUUGUUGUAAUGUCUGCUUGUAGCUAAUGAGUAUAACCUGACUUGUCUCAUGUGAAUGCCACCUGCAGUGAAUUUGUAUUGUAUAAUGUUUCCUUCUUAUAUUUUUCUUUUUUGCCAGUUUGAACCCCUGAAUAAUACCUACAUGGAGAA